AUGUUGCCCGGUAUUGGUGUUUUUGGAACAGGUAAAGUUAUUGAAAUAAUCGUACCCUUUUUACGUGAUAAGGGUUUCAAAGUAGAAGCACUAUGGGGACGUACUAUGAAUGAAGCUGAAGAAGCUGCUAAACGUCUUCAAAUACCUUUUUGGACUAACAAAAUCGAUAAUGUGCUUCUAAGAAAAGAUGUAGAUCUCAUUUUUAUUGUGUGCUCUCCAAAUCUUCAUGCACAAAUAGCCGUCAAAGCAUUGGGUAUCGGGAAACAUGUUCUGUGCGAUAAGCCAGCUGGUCUUUGCCAGAGUGAAGCUAUUAAAAUGGUACAUGCUGCUCAAUACUAUCCUUCACUUAUAUCAGUUGUCAACCAUAGCUUAAGAUUCUUACCAGCAUUUGUGCAAAUGAAGAAACAAAUUAUUGAAAACAAAAUUGGAAAUGUGUUUUUAUGCGAUGUCAAAGUACAAAUGGGCCGUUUGUAUGGGGAUAAUUAUAACUGGUUAUGUGAUAAAACAAUGGGUGGUGGGGUCUUGACUUUAGUCGGAAGUCAUGUUAUAGACUUGGUUACAUAUUUAACUGAUCAAAAAGCUAUCCGCGUUCAUGGUAUUGUUAAAACAUUUAAUAAAGAUUUUAAGUGUAUGACAGGUGUAAGGCAAGUGACUAGUCCAGACUUUUGUACUUUCCAAAUGGAAAUGGCUGACAAGUCUUUAGUUACAGUUACAUUAAAUAAUCAUCUUGCUGGAACUUAUAUCCAAGAAGUGCUGAUGUGUGGUACUGAGGGUAAUUUAAUUGUCAAAGGUGGAGAUUUAUAUAAGGACAAAGACGAAGUAUUGUAUUUGGAUGUGGAAGACUUACAAAAAUCAGAUGCGAUAAAUGUGGUUUCCGCAGAUAUCAUGCCUAGACCUUGCAUGAAAGGUUUACUAAAAAUGAUCAGUGCUUUACGAGAGGCAUUUUUGCCAGUUGAAGAUAAAAGGGGUUGGGUAAAAGAACCCGUUUCAUCCGCUGCCACUUUUGAAGACAGCUUGUACGUCCAAGCAGUGAUUGAUGCAAUACGGUCUUCUAGUGGAAACAAAGAAUGGGUUAAAGUUGAAGUAAUCACAGAAGAACCAGAUCCUAAUCCUUUACUGAGCGCCGCUGUAAGAAAGAGUGGCAUGUCCAUGUAA